GAGUGGUAACCUCUGUGUGCCGGCUGCACCGGUUGUGGGCAACAAUGCAGCGGGCAAUGACCGUGGUACCCCAUCUGGGCUUGCGGCUGCAGGCGCUCCCGUUGGCCCUGGGCCGUCCGCUCAGUCGCGCACAGGACGUACUCCGAAGGACACCUCUUUAUGACUUCCACCUGGCUCAUGGCGGGAAGAUGGUGGCGUUUGCAGGCUGGAGUCUGCCUGUACAGUACCGGGACAGUCAUGUUGACUCACACCUGCACACACGCCGGCACUGCUCGCUCUUUGACGUGUCCCACAUGCUGCAGACCAAGAUACUUGGUUGUGACCGGGUGAAGCUGAUGGAGAGUCUAGUGGUUGGAGAUAUUGCAGAGCUAAGGCCAAACCAGGGGACACUGUCGCUGUUUACCAAUGAGGCUGGAGGCAUCGAAGAUGACUUGAUUGUGACCAGCACCUCUGAGGGGUACCUGUAUGUGGUGUCUAAUGCUGGCUGCUGGGACAAGGACUUGGCCCUCAUGCAGGGCAAGGUCAGGGAACUUCAAAACAUGGGCAGUGAUGUGAGCCUGGAGGUGGUGGAUAAUGCCUUGCUAGCCCUGCAAGGCCCCACUGCGACCCAGGUGUUGCAGGCCGGCGUGGCAGAUGAUUUGAGGAAAUUGCCCUUCAUGACCAGUGCUGUGAUGGAGGUGUUUGGUGUGUCCGGCUGCCGCGUGACCCGCUGUGGCUACACAGGAGAGGAUGGUGUGGAGAUCUCGGUGCCAGCAGCAGCGGCAGUCCGCCUGGCUGCAGCUCUGCUGGAAAACCCAGAGGUGAAGCUGGCAGGGCUGGCAGCUCGGGACAGCCUGCGCCUAGAGGCAGGCCUCUGCCUGUAUGGGAGUGACAUUGAUGAGCACACCACGCCUGUGGAAGGCAGCCUUAGUUGGACACUGGGGAAGCGCCGCCGAGCUGCCAUGGACUUCCCUGGAGCCUCGGUCAUCAUUGCCCAGCUGAAGGGCAAGGUGCAGCGGAGACGUGUGGGGUUAACAUGCGAGGGGGCACCUGUGCGGGCACACAGCCCCAUCCUGAAUAUGGAGGGCACCGUGAUUGGUACAGUGACCAGUGGCUGCCCCUCUCCCUGUCUGAAGAAGAAUGUGGCCAUGGGUUAUGUGCCCUCUGAGUACAGUCGGCCAGGUACCCCACUGCUGGUAGAGGUGCGGCGGAAGCAGCAAAUGGCUGUGGUCAGCAAGAUGCCCUUUGUGACCACAAAUUACUAUACCCUCAAGUGAAAGUGGCUUGGGGCAGGGGCUCUCCCAUCCAGGAACCUGGACCUGUAGGGCAUAUAAGGGUUGGUCAGGAAGCUGAGGCUGAAUACACUGGGGGGGCUAGGGUGGAGGUUGGUUCUGGUUGUCUGGUCAAGGGGGGGCCCAUACCACCUAUUCUCACUCCCACCCUCAUCCUAGGCUUCUUUAAUUUCAAGACCCCAUUUCUUCCUUUUUUUUUUUUUUUUUCAAGACCCCAUUUCUGAGCAAGAGAGCGGCUGCUGCAAUGUCAGCCUGGGCUCCCAGUGACCCCCUUCUGGUCUGUCUGCCAGGAGGCUAUGGGACACUGUCGUUCUGGCAUCUCCCCCUUCCACUGUGCCAGGGCUGGCUGUGGAGUAGUAGCUCACUUUGGGGGAUGGGGGGAAUAAAGCCUGCCCGACCUACCUCACCAUGGUUUCUCACACUGCAAAGGAGUUAUUACCGUGGGUAGUGCCGGAUGUCUCCUUCAGUUUACUUUGCACGAAUGCAAACUGCUGCCUCUCCCUGGGCAGGAAUGAUUCCUGACUCACUGAGGGUUGGCCCUGUCUGGCUGCUGUGCCUAUGUAAACUUGGGGACAGCUGAGGAGCACAGACUCACUCUUCCACAUUCCCAAGUUAGCCCAGCCUGCUGCCCAGUAGCAACCAUGCCAGGCUCACCACCUGUUCUGAGCCCCAGGGCUGUUGUAGGACAGGCUGGGCCUCCUGGACUUGCCUUACCCUGGGCUGACCUUUGCCCCUGGGGCCCAUUAGUGGACUCCACUCACUCCUAAAAAAAAAAAAAAAAAAAAAACAAAAACAUUAAACAAGCUUCCUUCUUGCUUGCCAAUCUAGCUUCAUUGUCCUUUGUCUACAUGGUUCCUGGGGUGCCAGCUCAAUGCCUGCUUGCCUGGCCUCUGAGGCAAGCUCAGAGUGGGUUCCCCUUGAGAAGGGCAGGUCUAAAAACUUAACAAGGAUAGUGCCCCUCUGUGUUGGGGCAUCCAUUGCUGCUCCUCUAGGGAGCUGGCCUCACCUCUCCACCUCUGCAAGUUAUUACAUUCUGGGUACUGAGGCGCAGUACCCCUUAAUGUUCCCCCUGUGCAUGCACACCCUUGUCCUGUCUGAAUAAUCACACAGCUGAUGCGCUUCCAUGUUUAAUAAACCACAUCCUCAGUUGAACCUGGGGUGAAAUGUGA